GCCCUCCAUUCCUGUUCCAGCAGCAGAAAGAGUGGGAGCUCGAACCGAGAAGGACUCUCAUGUGUUGUUAAGAUGCAGAUCCGACUUCUGUAGGCGAGGUGAAAGGAACCUGCUCUGUGGUUUUCCCUGUUAACCUGGAAGACAGGGGCAUUCAUUCCUUAAGGCCUUUGGGACUAGCGAGCCCAAGUAAGCUUCGCAUGGUCAGAAAGGAGGCAUCUCAUCCAGAGUCAGACACAGUCCAAUAGGAGUAUUGGAUAUAUGUAUACCAUUGCAAUGAAUUCAGAAAGGUCAGUAUUGGAGAACAGAAACAGCUUUUCUAACAAAACCAACUCUGCCAUCACUACAAGGCAACCACCUCGAAUCCUUGUUGUGGAUGUGACACCUCCUUUUUGGUCAGAAGUUCGUAUUAAUCUCUGCGAAGCCCUGGAAAAUUUCUUUGCUUUAGCUUGCAGUUUGAGAGGGCCGCCUCGUCUUCCUCUCUUCAGUUUAUAUGUGGCUCACACCCAACAGGAAUGUCUUCUUCCUUUUGUGCAAAUGAAAGGAAACUUUUCCAGGCUCCACUCUUGUGUUGCUGAACUGAGGUCAAUGCCAAAUGAAGGUUGUAUACGUGAAAAGUCAAGCUCUUUAAAGCAUGCUGUGGAGGAUGGCCUUUUACAGUUUAAACAGUACAUGAGGCAUAUAACAGUGGGAGGAUCACUUAACAGCGGUUCGGUAGAGAUUACAGUACUCACCAGCCAGCCUGGGAAGCACAUGGUGAAGCAGCUAGAGUCAGGUCUCAGUGAAACAGAUUUAGUCAGCCUUAGACGAUUACAAGUUCUGCAUAUUUCCAAAUGUAACCCAGUGGAAUUGAUGGACAUGGCGUGGAACAUAGAGUCAGCCAUAUCCAGCGAAGAAAAUAACCUUGAUGAAUGCUCCAUCCUGGGGACAGACAUUGACCUGCAGACAGUUGAGAAUGAUACAAUCAGCCUGGAUAGUUUCUUCAAGAGUUGGUUACACAAUCAUGGAACGGAUAAGGAGCAUCUUCACUUGCUGCUUCCAGCAGUACGUCUUUCCAGCUCUUCAGGAAGAACCCCAACCUGUCUGAAGUGUGAUGUUCAGGAGAGACUCAUUAGUCCUGCCCUCCUUCCUGGACCAACUAACUUAACUGAGAAAACCGAGAGUCUCAGAGACUUCCAAAACACAAACAAAGCAACAAACCAAGGACCCUUGCAGCAUAAACUUCAAGUUAUAAAGGCUCUAAAAUCUGAUGGUGUUUGUGAAUCUGUACUCUAUGGGCUCCCACUUAUAAUUAGACCCACAAACUGCUGGAAACUGGACUGGGAUGAACUGGAGACAAACCACCAAAACUUUCAUGCACUCUGUCACACUUUGAAGAGUACUUCUCUGGGUGUGGCAAAUUUUGACCAUGAGCUGAUAGGCUUGUCCAGCUCCAUUGUGAUGGGAAUAGGCCGAAUUGUCACAGGGGAGAAUGAGCAGCCGGUGGUCAUUAUACACGUUGAUACAAAUGGCAUAGGCAUUGAAGAUACCUUGGAAUCUGAGAUGGACAUAGUGGAUGGUGCUGCCUCAAUGCCUUUGCUGCCUGAAGAGGAGAAUGAAUUCCUUCUGAGACACUGGCAAGAGGGAGGUGCAGUUGUUUAUUGUGAACCAAACAAAAAAGACUUGAUGCUUCUCACUCGUUCGGAACCUGAGGUUGUGGGACCCAGUUGGUCUGUUCGUGUUGACUCCUAUUACAUCAUAUUGCCUUCCACCACACUGACACUCCUGGUGAAGCCUGUAGCAGUGCAAGAACUCCUUCUACCUUGUGACCUUCCUUACAGAUCUGACGAACCACCAGAAACAGCUCUAAGUAAUAUAGAGGGGAUAUUGGAUGGGCUCGAUGUGGAAUCAACAUUUAAUCCACUAAGCCUGAAAAGUAAUCUGUAUAGACAUCUCAGAGGAACUUUGGUUAGAACUCCUUACCGUCAGCAACCAAAGCAAGUACAACGUAAGGAACAAACUCAUCCUGAACAGCCAUACAGACAGUUGUCCUUUGCUGGAUUCUGA